AUGCCGGGGGAGAAGAAGCUACUUUGUCCUGAUCGGCGCCUGUUUUUCGAUUCAACUUGUAAUUCUGUGGAUAGAAGUGCAGUGAGUGCCAAAUGUCAAGAAGCUGCCAAACAGGCAUGUCGCCAAAGCGCCGAACGGUUACGUGAACUAUUCAAUUUUGAUUUGAACGCGAUGUCACCAUCAAGACCGACGAGUUUUCUGCCAGACAGAACGGGAGCUGCUAGGACCCUGUGGACAACAGAACGUUCCACGUGGAAGAAUACGGUUUGUUCCUCCAUGCCUGCAUCACCUUGCGAGGAGUGGAUGACUGGAUGGCAUUGGGAAGCCAUGGACACAAAAAUAUCCUAUGUUCCACAAUUCUAUCACACCCAACGUUAUCACUCAGAUGGUUAUCUGUCCAGUGGCUUUACACCACCAACUCCAGUCAAGGAACAACCAAGAAAAGGAAGCUGUCGUAAGAAUGCAUCGGAUAUUACUCAUCAUUUGCAGCAUGAGAAGUUUUCAAAUGGGCAAGAGUUAACACUGACUUCAAAAACGCCAACCUUAUUCAGACUUUGGUGUGCUCGUAUUCGACGUGCUUCUUGUGCUGAUAACACCGCGCAUGGAGUUACUGAACACAAGAGUCGUUGUGAUCCAAAACGUACUCAAUCUUCGGAACGGCUACCCGCUGCUCCCAGGACUACUCUUAUAUCAGUACCCAAAAAUUCUCCGGUUAAACCAAUCGUCAUGAGACAACCCGAAAAUCAAACAAACGGUCCCGUCUCCAUCACCUCCAAUCAGAGUAUAGAAUGUACUACCACUCGAAAGUCUCGGGCCGAACUUCCAUACAGUGAUUCGAAAAGUUCGACGACACAAAACGCUGGAGAAUUGGCUCCAAGAAAAUCACUGAAAGAAAGACGAUAUCGUCAGCUUACUUUGCACGGUAAUUUUUCACCAAAUUAA